UGUCUGCGACAGCCUUUUCGACUCCAUACCAGCUGUGCUGUUGAUGUACUAAUCUUAAUUUGCUCUAUUCAGACUUCGCCUACUUUCGAAGUGUUUCUUUCAUCGUUAUCAACAUGAAGACUACCAGUUCUGCUCUGGGCUUGGCCUUUUUAUUGAUCAAUGCAGUGGUUGCGGAGGCAGGAGUUGAUCUCCACAGUAAUAAUGUCGGGCGGGAAGUGAGAGGAAGGAAGAUCGAGAACCUCAUUUCUGGAGUUGACCGGUCGACGGAGGAUGUGGCAGAGCUCGAUCUGUCCUCUGUCAACAACGUGCGACGCAGCGCUAACACCAACGCACUGGAAGCCGACAUUGUCAAGAGACUCGCUCAAUUGGAUGUUGGUGCGCUCCUCAACGCUGGCGCACAAGGACAGGGAGCUAGUCAGAGGCAGGGUCAAGGACAAAGUCAACAGCAGGGCCAGGGCCAGACGCAACCCCAGAGUCAGACUCUAGGACAAAGACCCACGGGCCCCAGCGAUAUCAACACCAGCAACAUCGCGGGUGACCUCGCAAACCAGAUCGCAGAAGGAAACAGGUCUACUGUCGGCACAGGAGACAUCAAUACGAGUGAUGUUGGGGCAGCUCUCGCGAACCAAGCCGCUGGAUUUGGGACCACGCCUGCCGCACAGGGCCCGACUGUUGGACAAAGCCAAGCAGCAGGACAGGUUCCAUCAGCUGAACAGCCACGGCCGGCAGCCGAAGCACUAGCAGCCGGUGCUCCACCAACUCCUGAAGCGCCACGGCCAGCAGGUGAAGCACCGCCCGCUCCUGGAGCACCAAGGCCAGCAGGCGAAAUGCCGUCAGCUGCCGGAGCUCCACCAGCUCCACCAGCUCCCGAAGCACCACGUCCAGGAGCCGAACAACCUCAGCGAGCUCCCGAAGCUCCACCAGCUCCCCAAGCGCCAGCUCCUCAAGCCCAGGCCGCUGAAGCAGCACGACCCAGUGGACAAGGUCAAACUCAGGGCACAAAGCCUGUAGGGCCCACCGAUAUCAACACCAGUAACAUUGCAGGCGACCUUGCAAACCAGCUGGCGCCCAAAACAGGCGUCAGCGGUCAGCGUCCAGCAAGCAAUGAUGCUGCAGGAGAUCUGGCGAACCAGCUUGCCGGUCAAGGUACCUCGGCUGGAAAAGGCCCGGGACAGGCUGCUGCUGCGAUGAAUGGAGGUGCUGGCGGCGCGAUCAUCGAGAUCAGAUCUACCAUCAUCCAGGAGGCCAACGGCCAGCAGAUAGCGACGGCUAUCAUUGAACAGAUAGGACAAGGACAACAACCUGCAGCACCGCCAGCGCCCACUGGAAUGCCUGCAAUGAUGCCCCCUCCGGCCCCAGCCCCAAUGGAGGCCAAGCCAACAGGAGCGGCUCCAAUGAUGCCACCUCCGGCUCCAGCUCCACCAAUGGAGGGAAAACCUGGGGAAGCUCCAGCUGCAAUGCCUGCUCCAGCCGAGCCCAAGGGUCAAUCAAACACUACGGAGGCGGCCAAGCCUGAAGCGGCCAAGCCUAAGGGUAUGAGCGCAAUGGCGUCAGCUCCUACAGCGCCUGGUACAAUUACUGAAAUUGCCGAGGGAGGUAAACCUACCGCAGCGGCAGGUGAGGCUCCAAAGCCAGCCGGGGAGGCUGCAAAGCCAGCCGAAGGAUCGUCCGCACCAAGCAGUGCAAACGCUGCUGCUGCAGCUCCUGCUCCUGCCCCUGUGACUGUUAGUGCUGGAGGAGCUCCACCACCUGGAGCCCAAGCUGCUGCUCAAUCAUCGUCUACUACUCCGGCUACAGUCAACUCUGCCACUCUGACCGCAGAUGCUCUUGUGGCUUCUCCUACAGUCACCGCAGCAGGUAACCCAGUCACCGUACAGGCAGGCUCAGGUGGAGGCGGCAAUGGGACAAGCUCAACCAGUGGAGCUCAAGCGGCAGCCGUUACUGUCGUAGCAGGAACUGGAGGCAACUCGACACGCUCAGCCGGCGCCGGAGCAGCAGCUGUCACCGUCGUCGCUGGUUCAGGCUCAAGCUCCAACUCCACCUCGACUGCUGCUGCCGCUGGUGCUGCCGUGACCGUCGUCGCUGGCUCGGGUGGAGGAAAUGCCGCUGCAGCAGCAGCGAAUGGUGGGUGCAACUGCGCAUGCAUGUGUCCCGCAGGUUCAUUCCCCAUGUCUGCUCCCCAGGCGCAACCAUUCCAGCUGGGUUCCAUGGGCGCCGCAAGCACGAUGCAAACCAUGGCAUCCGCAAUCACAGUGGUCGCGGGCCCAGCACCCCCCGGCGCUCAGCAAGCCGUUGCCUCAUCCUCUUCCAGCUCGACUGUGAGCAUAAACUCCGCCACUCUGACCACCAACGCCCUCCUCCAAGGAUCUGCAGCUCCGCCCGCCGGGCCCGGCGUCACCAUGAUUGCCUCCGGCGACCCAGCGAUCUCCGCGUCCGCGUCCGCUGCUGCUUCUUCCUCCUCAAGCUCCUCAGGCAACGUAGCAGCUGCGCCCGCAGCGACCCUUGCCAGCGAAUCAACCAGCGCGACAAGCAGUGCCGGUACAAGCGUCCCGGCGCAGAGUGCUGUCGAGGGCACGCCGACAAUCGGGGCUUCAAGCGCACCGGCCAGUGCUGCAGUAACAACAUCCAGCGCCGUGCUGCCGGACAGCACGGCGAGCCUGCAGCAGAACCAGGCGCUGCCGUUCGACAUCUCGACGGUUGCGCUGCAGAGCCGGGUGACGGUGAAUUUGGGCAAGCGGCUGGAGAAGCCGACUGAGGCUGCGAGGAGGUGGCUGUGGUGAGGCCGAUGAGUUACUUAGACGAGUCCAUGCAAUACCCUCAUGUUUCUUUCUUUUAUCUUUGUAAGUAUCGCGGGCAUUGAGUGCUCUGCAAGAUUAAUAUAUCAAAAUUGAGGACAUGCAUAUAAAUUUUGCCUUGAAGUGAUUCGUUGUUUGUCUAUUGGGUAUCUUUGAGGUGUUUACUCGUUUGUUCAUUAUCUUGAAGUGGAUGGUAUUGGCAGAGAACAGUGAUGUCUCG